AUGAAUAUCAUCGAUGCCGACGAUACGGCUGUUAGUCCGCAUGGGAAGCCUUGUAUUUCGUGUCGCAAACGGAAGAUAAAAUGCGAUCGGUCGCGGCCGUGUGCCAAUUGUAUUCGUUCGAAGCAGCUAUGCACAUAUGAGAAUCCAGAUACUCCAAGGGGAGAUUUUCAGUCUGCAUCGUCUGAUCAUGAUUUGCGCGAGAGGUUGGCGAAGUUGGAGGGGAUGAUGGCGGCGAUGUUGAAUCGAGACCAAGAAGUGCGAAGCCAAGAAGUCAUCUUCCCCAACGCGCUAAGCUCGCGUCCUACUACUUCUUCAAUUCAAACAGCAACGACAACAACCGCAACACCGCCGUCUCAGAUUUUGGUUGGUACCAAUUCGAGUGAGUUUACAGAUGUAGUGUCUCCUCGUGACGUUGUAGGCCAAAUUCUGUUUCAGGAUGGUUACAGCGGAUAUUAUGAUUCGGACUUUUGGCCGUUUCUAAUCAUCGAGAUCGAAGAUGUACGCCGGUUGUUCUGUCCUCCAAGACCAGAUAUUACCUCUUUAUCAUGGCCGCUAUUGUCUCAACCGCCUCCACUACACUCGCCUCUGAUGCAUCCGACACUUGAAGAGAGCAAUGCAUUGUGUAAACUUUUCUUUGAGAUAGUCCAUCCGUUCGUUGAUUUUAUGCGAACAGAAAAGGUGCAUGGACUUGGAGCUCUGCUCUAUUACGUGACAUUUCUUUUCCAGCAAACUGCUUAUAAAGAUGCCGUAGCUUUACUGGGGGUCGCAGCAAAUAUUGGACGUGGCCAAGGUAUGCACCGUGACCCAAGCCAUUUUCCCUUCUCGCCCUGGGUCUGCAAUAUUCGAAGACGGUUGUGGAAUCACAUUUGCUGCUUAGACGGUUUGGCUAUCCAGUUUUAUGGCGCAGAAUCAUGCCUGCCAGCGCGGUCAGAUUCUAGACCGCACCAAAAUGCAAAUGACAGCGAUUGGGACGCUAAUAGAUUUGGCAAGCCUGGAUCUACUCCUCAGGAUGAAUUAGGAUUCCAAGAUACCACUUUUGUGCUUGUGAAUAGAUCCAUCUCAGAUACGAUAAGGAAGUUGGCCGAAUUAGACGUUGUCGAGAAUGAAAAGAAAGAAUCCAUCAUUCGAGACAAUGAGGCAAUAUUGGCUGGAAAAUAUCUCCGAGAUGUCGAUAGAAGCAACCCUCGCCAGACUGUUGUUGUGGCCUUUAUGGAAAUUAGGCUUGCUGCACUGAGAUUGGUCGUCCGACAUCGCCAAACCGAGAAGUUAAAAACAAGGCCUAUGGAUCGAGGGAGACAUCGCUGCUUCAUUUCUGCCAUCGAGCUCAUUGAAGCGUUUCAUUAUCAUUGCGACACCUUUGCUGCCCUAAACUGGGAAUGGGUUUUCCAAACCAUGAUCCCUUGGCUCGCUGUUGCGAUUCUCCUCACAGAAAUCCCACACGCAACUCGUCAGUCGGACAAAGCUCGAGCGCAAAAGCAAAUCAAUGAAGUUUUUCUAACUUUCUCGAAUCCAAACCUGCCAAUUUCAAAAACACAGAUGUGGAAUAUCCUUGUCCAACUCCGGCAGAACAUGGAAAAUCCACAUCCAGAGCCCAACUCAAAUACUGCGCUUGUGGAAAAUUGCACCACAAACACAUUGUUUUCCGACGAUCUAAUGCUGGAUCUCGACUCCGCAGCAGGUGAAUACAGUGAUUUUAUGCUUCAGGAUAUUAAUAGAUCUCCGCUCUGGUAA